GUGCUUAGCAACGAUGGAGCCUCUGUCAUUCCAGGAAGCUUGUGUAGACGUGACAUGUACUAACGGAUAAACACGCGUAAUACCGGGCACUACGAUGCUCACGGACAGCUUUGACAGUAGACGUUUUGUGAAAGUGAAAGGCAGAUUCUGGUGACGUUUAACACGUCGUUUAAGGUGGUUUUAUGUCAGUGUUUACAAAGUUGCUGGUUGUUUGCUAACUAUGCUAGCCAUGCUAGCUAGCUGCUGGGCUAAGUUCAGUCUCAGUACAGCGUCUCUCAGUGUCUCAGGGUCACGGCGGUGAUAGUAUACAAGUUAUUUCAGUUUCGUUUUCUGUCUCUUUUGAACACUGUAAACGUUUAAAACUCUCUUUAAGAUGUGAAAACGAAUAGCGAACAAACGAACGCAAAACCGCUGUCGUUCCGGAUUGUUUUUGUUUUGUUAACAAGGACGGAUUUUCUGCUCCUUUCUCAGUUACACACGUUGUUUGGACUGAAAACUAAACCGAAAUCUUUUCGGUUAAACUGUCUGCAGGACCGUUCGAUCAUGCUCGUCCAAUACGAUGACUUCAAAUGCCUGGAGUGAGCAUAUAUUGUAAAGCCUCUAUCCAAGGUCAUCAAGGAUCCCCUGCCACUUCUCCCUCUCACCAUGUUAGAGGGACUUGUUGCCUGGGUACUUAACACAUACCUGGGCAAAUAUGUCAGCAACCUUAACACUGACCAGCUCUCCGUUGCUCUUCUCAAAGGAGCAGUAGAGCUCGAGAAUCUUCCUUUAAGGAAAGAUGCUCUCCGAGAGUUUGAUCUGCCCUUUGAGGUCAAAGCAGGCUUCAUUGGGAAGAUUGUGCUUCAGAUCCCCUUCUAUCGCCCUCAUAGUGAUCCAUGGGUCAUCUCCAUGUCUCAACUGAACCUUAUUAUUGGCCCUGUCCGUCCCCAGGAAUACGACGAGGCACGAGAAAAGGAAGCAGAGCGAGAGCAGAAGAAACGGUUGCUCAAAGCUUUAGAGGACAAGUGGAAGAGUGAACGUGAGCAGAAGGGAGAGUCUUACUGGUACUCAGUCACAGCAUCUGUGGUUACCAGGAUAGUGGAGAAUAUUGAGCUGAAUAUUCAAGGUGUGCACCUAAGGUUUGAGGAUGACCGCUCUAACACAGAAAAGCCCUUUGCCUUUGGAGUAUGUAUUAAGAAUGUAUCAGCGCAGAACUCCUCUAAAGAACCGACUCAGAAGCUUAUGCGGCAGAAGCAGCUAGAGAUAGAGGAGUUUAGUGUGUACUGGGACACACAGUGUACAAUGAUCGGGGAUCUUCCUCUGGCUGAAAUACAGGAAGCUAUGACCACGUGUAUGCAGAGCAGGGAACAUCAGUACAUAUUUGAGCCAGUGUGUGCAUCUGUUCUGCUGAGGAGAAAUGCCUCAAAAGAACCGUUACGAUCCCGCAACACCCCUCGCAUCGAAGGCCACGUGCAGCUGGAGCCACUCUCACUGCACCUUUCUCAGGUUCAGUAUCAGCAGAUUAUGACUUUUCUCAAGGAGCUGGACAGGCGAGAGAGAGAGAUGCUUUUCCGCAAGUGGAGACCUAGAGUUCCUGUUUCAGAAAACUGCCGGCAGUGGUGGAUGUUUGCCAUCAGUGCUAACCUGGAAGAGAUCAGAGAGAAGAAGAGGAGGAAUAACUGGGACUUUGCACUUCAGCGAGCCCACGAUGCUCAGCUUUACACAAAACUUUAUGAACAGAGGCUUAAAGGAUUUACUCCGAGUCUACAGGAGGAGAGUGAACUUGAAAGGAUUGAAGAGGAACAGACCCUGGAGGAGUUGCAGAUUCUCAGGGAAAUCAUUCAUGAAUCGUUACGAAAGCAGGAGGAAAUUGCAGAGAAUUUAAGAGAGCCCAUGUCAGAGCCAGCAGUUUCUUCACCUUCUGGUUCUAUUCCAAGAAGUGGCAGUUCUGGUAUGAUUCAGUACCUGCAGUCUUGGUUUCCUGGUUGGGGUGGUUGGUAUGGAGGUGCUGAGAGAGGGCCUGAUGGUCAGCCUGUGACAGAUGAGCUCAUGCCAGCAAGUAGCCAAUGGGAAAUGCUGGCUGAACCAGAUGACCUCUUUGACGCAUUGGAAGACUCUCAAUCACUGAAUACGUUUACCCGAAGAGACCAUCUGUUUGCACGGCUGGAUUUCUUCUUAGAGAAAGCAACCGUCACACUUUUCCAGGAGGACAAGUUGAAUCGUUUAUCCAAUGAGAGUGGUGUAAUUCAGUUGGAGUUUUCAGGUGUAAAGAUUGGUGUUGAGUCUCUGCCUCGCUCAGAGUCCUCUUUACUGUCUGUAAAGCUUGGGGGGCUGUUUCUCAGAGACCUCACUACACUGGGGUCUAUUUUCCCUUUCUUGGUGUCACCAAAACCGAGCAAUAUUGCUGUCACUGUCAAUCAGCCGUUUGGGCAGAAUAGCAGCACAGACAGAAGCAGCACCGCAUCUGACAUGGAAUCUUCUGCAUCACCUGUCUUUGAGAUGAUCUACGAACGUAUGCCAAAAGGCAGGUUUGAGAGGAGGUUGGAGGUCAAUACCAGUCCUCUUAAUAUCAUUUACAAUCCCCAAGCCAUCAAGAAAGUGGCUGACUUUUUCUACAAAGGCAGAGUUCAUACAUCAGGGUUUGGAUAUCAGUCAGAGUUAGAGUUGAGAGUGGCUGAUGCAGUAAGGAGACAGUACAACAAGCUCAAAAUACAGACCAAAGCUGAAAUCCGGCAGACCAUAGACCAGCUGUUAGUCGGAGAGUUCAUAGAAAAUAGUAAGAGAUGGACAAUGAGAUUGGAUAUUUGCGCACCUCAGGUCAUCUUUCCUGAUGACUUUCAGUCCGAAGACCCCAUGCUAGUGAUUGUUGAUCUCGGUCGCAUCCUUCUUACCAAUUCCCAAGAAGAUCUGAAAACAAAGUCCAAAGUGUCAGAAGAAGAGGAGUUCAGUGAUGAGGAAUUCCAGACACCUCCUGGGUCUCCCCCUCCUGAACCAGAGACAGAGUAUAAAGGGCAGGACCACUGUAGCCUUAAAUCAAUAGAGGAGGUUGAGCUCUUUGGCAGGAAUCUGUAUGAGAAGUAUUCUUUAUCGUUUAAUGACUUGCAGAUCAUGGUCGGUCGCUACAAAGACAACUGGAAGCAUCUACAAGAGAAUGAAGUGGGGCCUACUCAUGUAGUGGAGAAAUUCAAUGUGCUUUUACAGCUGGAGCAGAGACUGCGUUACACCUCAGAUCCUCAGCUUCCUGGUGCAGUUCUCUCAGGUACCUUACCAGACCUCAAAAUACACAUCAACCUAGAGAAAAUGACUGCAUUGAGAAGCUGCUUGGCUAGACUGGAUAGUCCAAGUGCAGAUGAGGCUUAUAUGGGAGAGACCAUCAAGUCACCAGAACCUUUAACUCUGCGACACGAAAAGAUUUUUGAGAAGGAGGACAGUCAAUGUCAGCUCCAGGAGUCUGACAAAAAUCUCACUAAGAGUGUAAUGACUCUGGAGCAACACACACGUGAGGUGCUUGUUGAGUCUAGGCUUCUCCUGGCAGAAUUCAACAUCAACUACAUGCAGCUUGGAGUUGAAGUUGAAGGGCAGUAUAUAUCUGUCCUCAAAGUGUUUGGAACAAACGCACAUUUUGUGAAACGACCUUAUGACGCUGAGGUUUCCCUCACAGUCCAUGGACUUCUUCUGGUGGACACAUUGCAAACAUACGGUUCUGAUUUUGAUCUGCUUGUGGCAUCCCAUAAGCACCUCAGUUUUGAUGUGCCCACUGGCAGUCUAAGAGAGAGCCAUCCUACAUCGCCAGUAUCACAAGAUGAGAAGUCUCCUGAGAAAAUAUCAUCACUCAGCCCUUUUCUUAUUGAUCAGGAGGCCCUCAUUAAACUAGAGUACCAGUUUGUCAGCUCAGAGUGUCCAUCAAUGAAUUUAGAAAGCUCUCUACAGGUAACUACCAUGCAAGUUAACAAUUUGGACAUUAUUCUCAACCCUGAAACUAUUGUAAACCUGCUCAGAUUUCUUCAGAAAUCAUUUCCUAAAGAAGAAACUACGUGGACUCCAUUAACACCGCAGAUGACAGCACUGCCCAAUGAACAGGUCCAUGAGGAAAAUUAUCAGUCUACUUAUGAUCAGAAUAAGGAGCUAACUGUAGAGAUCCAUAGGUUAAAUCUGCUACUUUUGCGAACCGUUUCGUCUGGAAAUGCCAUUGGCGGUGAAAAGCGGGGCAUGAAAAUUGCCACAGCCAGUAUAAAUGGGACAAAAGUCAACAUAUCAAUGGGAAGUCGACUGGAUGUCAAUGGCUCCCUAGGAUGUAUUCAGCUUGUAGAUUUGACUCAAGAAGGUGGAAAAGGUCAAUUUGUGGUCAGUAUUGGAAAUUUAGAAGAUAGUUCCUCUGAAGAAUGUGCAGGAUUUACUUGUUCUGCAUUAACGCCUACAUCCGAGGCUUUAAAUUUCCACUUUUUGGAAAAGUCUCAAGGAGAAUGCUCUCUGGAACUUCAUAUGGCUUCCCUGCACUACAAUCACUCGGCUAAGUUCUUGAAAGAGCUCAGUCUUUCUGCCAACGAGGUAGAAGACAACUUUCGUUCCAUGCUAAAGACUGCUGCCACAAAAGUUUCAAAUGUCCUGGUUACCAAAACAGCAGAAUACAGUGGUAUGGUGUCUCUCUUUGAGACCCCAUCCAAGAAAGCCAGAUCUCAGAGUAUGUGCAAUUUUACACUGGAAUUUGAAGACAAUAAUGACCCUGCAGAUCUUGAGACAGAACCAAGUGUGGACUCCUUUUUUGUCAAGCUUAUCCUAAAUGUCAGUAUAGAAUCACCUGUUGUGUCCAUUCCUAGGAAACCUGGUCACCCAGAGCUUCUUGUUGGUCACCUUGGCAGCAUUGCCAUUCAGAACUUUGUUGCAGGGCAAGACUCCGAGCAGGGGAAAUUGCAGGUUGAGGUAAAGGAUAUAAGGCUCUAUUCAGUCAACACAAGUCACCUGGUCCUGAGGAAAGGGCCCAAUUCUAGUCAAUCUCCCUCCCACAAGGCUGUGUUCAACCUAGACGAGCCGCAGUUCACGCGCCAUGAUUUCUUUGAAUAUCUAAGUCGUGGAAAAGCCUUUCAUAUUUUGAAAGACACCACUAUCCAGUUAACACUUGAGAAGGUCCCUGUUGUUGAAGUCACACAGUUCUCCGUUCUUGAACCAUACCACAGUACAGGCAUUCUUAGAGUUGAGGGCAAAUUUGUAAAUGCUGUUCAGGUUUUUCUUUGUAAACAUGUUUAUGAGCAGCUCCUCCAGACUCUAGAUAAUCUCUCUUUAAUCGAGGAUGAAAAAGCAACAGCUCGUCAGCCUCCAACCCCACCACCCCCUACACCUUCCUCAUCCAAACCACAUCGUUUUCCUGACCUUCAGGGUGGGUUGUUCCCCCGAGAUCCCUCCCUCGCCUUGUCUUACUCUUCAAAAUCAUCCUCCCUCUCAACUCUUCUUCCUCUUCAGGAUCACAGCUCUUCUGGCAAGCCUCCCUCUUUCACCCAGGUCAGUGCAACUUUUAAGGUGUCUGAGCUCCAGGUGCAGCUGAGCGCAGAUCUUAGCCAAGGGUCACAGGAUCUGGUUAGUCUACGAUUCCAAGACCUGGAAGGAGAUUUCACUAAAGACCAUCCUCACACUCUGUCAAUCCAACUGACCCUUCACUCUCUGCUUAUGGAAGACCUUUUGGAUCAAAAUCCUGAAUCAAAGCACAAGCACCUUAUGGUUUCCAGAGGUGCCCCCAAGCCAUCUACCUUCAACCUUAAAGAAUACCUUUCCCAGUCAUGCCCGACAGCAUCUAGUGCUAUGUACCCAGAAAUGCCACGCUCACUACCAGCCCAUAUGGAAGAAGCACAGAACGUCUUCCAGUUUUACCAGAGGCACCCCAGUACACCUGUAUCCAGUCGGAAACGUAAUAAGGACUCCGAAUGUCCCAGCACACCUCCCCCAUCUCCUUCUCGCAAUACACAAUCCCCUCACUCUCUGCCAGACUUAGAUGACUCCUUGGUUCACAUCAACGUGCUUCUGGUCGACAGACGACAUCCUGAGUUUCAGACACGCUACGGCAGCAUCGGUCGUAGUGUAGAUGUGGACUUCAACUGUCUAGAUGUUCUCAUCACACUGCAAACCUGGGUUGUUAUUCUGGACUUCUUUGGCAUUGGUUCUACUGCAAACAACCAUGCUGUGAAAGUGCCUAGCAUGUCUCCCGAAUCCAAGCCUGGACACACUGCUCCUUCGGAUUUAACAGACAUGUUUCCUGAGGCUAACGAAGACGAAUCAUUGGAGAAAGUCAACACUAAACUGGACCUGAAGGUUCAUUCUUUGUCUCUAGUGUUGAAUAAAAAGACCAAUGAGCUUGCUAAGGCUAGUGUGUCAAAAUUGUUUACGCACUUAGAAAUGAUUGAGGGGGAUCUUGCCUUGCAAGGAAGUCUGGGUAGCCUGUCACUAAGUGACCUGACCUCACACGGAGAUCUGUACAGGGAACGCUUCACAACACGGGGUGGAGAGGCACUCAUUUUCAACAUACUCAAGUAUGGAGAACCUGACCCAUUCCUGGUACGGGAGUGUGAUAUAAAGGUUUCUUUGCAGAUGGCUUCAGUGCAAUAUGUACACACGCAGCGUUUCCAAACUGAGGUGGUGGCUUUCAUCCAGCACUUCACCCAAUUACAGGAUGUUCUAGGCAGGCAGAGAGCGGCCGUGGAGGGUCAGGCGGUGCGUGAGCGUCCACAGCGAGCCUCACGUGUACUGUUGGAUAUUGAGGCAGGGGCUCCUGUCCUCCUGAUCCCAGAAAGCUCCCACUCAAAGCGCCUCAUAGUGGCCAACUUGGGCCAGCUCAAAGUACGCAACAGAUUCCUGCCUGCAGGCACCCGUGGCACUUUUUCUCUCAAAGACAAGGUAGAGAAACUUACCAUGGCACAUACCUUUUUCCCAUCUCUGGAUCGUGUGAAGAAUGCUCAGCCUACUUCGGGGAAAGCGAGUGAGGAUGUGUCAGCAGACAGCGUCAAAGCCACUGCUUCUGGAUUUACCUUAGGCAGGCCUCAGCCAGCUAUGGGACACAGUUCUGAUGCCGAUACACUUUCCAGUCCAGAAGAUUACAUAUGUCUGCUGGACUGCAUUGCCGUGGAUCUGCAGGAGAUGGAUUUAUUUGCUGCAGAACGGCUGCCGUGUGAACCUUGGGACAGUGGAGUGAAGCGCCUAGACACAGACCUGGUUUUUCCCUCUUAUUCAGUGCACAGAACUGGAGGCAGCCUCCUGAAGGAGCGUUGCCAUCUUAAACUUAAAGUGGAACGCAACCUGGACAAGGAGCUGAGUCAUGCAGUCCCAGACAUGUCCAUCCAUGGUAGCCUGUCUUCUGUACACUGUUCCUUGGAUCUGGAGAGGUACCAGCUGAUCCGUGGCCUGCUCGAGCACAACCUGGGAGAGCCUGUGGAGGAGUUCCUCAGACCUUACAACCUACAGGACCCCAGCACCUAUACGGUUCUGAGUGGUGACGUAUAUACAGGAUUGUCUUUCUUAGUUGACAUGAUGAAUGUCAGUUUGGAGUUUUUGGAUGGCUCCAAAUCCUCUGGACAUAAGCAGUCUUUGGCCAGGUUCGACUUCAUGAAAUCCAAGGUACUGUUUGAGAGUUUUUCAGAUGGAUCCAAAUCUGUGAACCUGGUGUCUCAUUCGCUCUUGGCCUACGACACACGUUAUAGCGAGUCCAACAAGGCCACAGAGGGAAAGCACAAUGUGUUUGACUGCAUUCUGCAGCCCUCUAGAACAGGCACCAAUCGAGCUUCUCUACAACUAGAGCUACAUUACAGAUCUACCAGGGAUUCCUCAUGUUUCACUGUUGUGCUAAACAACCUGCGAGUGUUCCUGAUUUUUGACUGGCUUCAGCUAGUCAGGGAUUUCCUUCGUAUGCCUACGGAGAAAGGAGCGGCACCCACCCGACAGCGUUGGCCAAGCAAUGGGAGUGACCCCGGCAUGACAGGCGCAAUCAUGCCCAAAACUGUCAAGAGUGGAGUAGUUACGAAACGAUCUACUGUUCCUAUCACCCAAGACAAAUAUCUGGAGGUUAAACUUAAUGCUACAGGGACUGAGUUUGUGGUUGUGGAAGACUCAUCAUGUUCAGAUACCAAUGCCAUUAUCCUAAAAGGCACUACUGUACUCACCUACAAGCCUCGUCUUCUGGACAGACCGUUCUCUGGCAUCUUGGCCGGAAUUGAGGUGUAUUCCUGCCGGUUGGGCAGUGAGCAAGACACAGCGCUGUCUAUUAUUGAUCCUGUCAAUAUACAGGUCGAGCUGUGUGGUAGUCCCACCUAUCAAAGCAGCUCAGGCCUGCUGGAUGCCUUCAACAUGGAAGACUUUCCACCCCUGUUGGAGAUCCAGUUUCCUUCUCUGGAUAUCCGGCUGUCCUACAAUGAUGUGCAGCUCUUCCUGGCCAUUGCUAAGUCCAUCCCCACCGGCUCCCCAAGUGUUGAUAACUCUGCUUUAGACUCCCAGGUAGUCCAGUCCACUGCAAGCCCAGGGACUACCACCAAACCAAAAGACAGUUUCAGGCAUCGAACAGAAGCCCUACUGGAAAGUCAGCUAACACGCCUUCAGGAUCUGGGCUUCAGGAGGGAAGAUUGCAGACGUGCUCUCAUUCACUGCAAAGGUCAGUUGGAUCAGGCAGCUACGUGGCUACUAGAAAACGCAGAAAGCACUUCUGGCAGGAGCAGAGCUGACUCCGGGUCAGGCUCCCACUCCUCUCCUCCUUUGUCUGGAGUGGAGGUCAAGGCUGAGAAUGUGUGCAUUUGCUUCAUUGAUGACUGCUUGGAUUGUGAUGUUCCCCUAGCUGAGUUCACCUUUUCACGGCUGUCUGUGCUGCAGAGGAUCGGAUCUACACAGGAAGGAAAAGCUAGUUUCUCUCUGUCUGGAGAUUAUUAUAACAGGGAGCUCUCAGGAUGGGAGCCAUUUAUCGAGCCCUGGCCCUGCGUCCUGAAUUGGCAGCAGCAAGCGGCAGGUCGUCUCCAUCCUUCUCGUCUGAAACUGGGAGUACAAGCCAAGCAGAGACUAGACAUGAACAUCACCUCCGUCUUACUCGACCAGUACAGCACAACCAAGACUUCGUGGUUAGCAGACUACUGUAAGGAAGACGAGCAGUCGCCAGAGACCUCCGCCUCUGUGUCUUGGAUGGGCUCCUCCGUAGACCCCCCCACUUUUGGACAGAGUGUUCCUCUUGCUCACCUUAGAACUAGGAGCACUGCCAGCUUGACUUGCCUUGAGCAACAGAUUGCUGCCCGAGCGGAUGUGAAGUUGUCUAAAAGGAGGCAGCCUUUCGUUCCCUAUGCCCUGCGUAAUCAUACUGGCUGCACUAUGUGGUUUGCCACCCUCACCACCAGCCCAACCAGGGUGGCACUGUCUCACAGCAGUAGUGCUGACUCAAUAUCCGACACUCGUGGGCCUGGGACAGAGGACACACACAACAUCAGUCAGUGGAGAGAGGUGCUGCCAGGGGAGGAGAUUCCUUUUGAGUUCGAGGCCCGUGAGAAACUUAGACACAGGCAUACUCAUGAGUUAAAGCUGCACCAGCUCUUGGUACGUGUCGGAGGCUGGGAGCAAGUAAAGCCUGUCUCAGUUGAUAAGGUCGGUGUGUUCUUCCGUUAUGCUGCUCCUGAUUGCAACAACCCCUCCAACACGGUCGGUAGUCCAGUCAGCAGAACCAACAUCAUACAUCCUCAUGUAUAUUUUUCAGCCUUGCCCCCUGUCAGAGUGGUCUUCUCCAUCACAAUGGAGGGGAGUGCAAGCAAGGUAAUCACUGUGCAGUCUGCUCUCAUGGUGAAGAAUCGCUUAGAGUUGCCCAUGGAAGUACGGCUAGACAGCCCUUCUGCUCCAGACAAGCCUGUUGUGCUUCCACCUGUCCUGCCUGGAGAAGCUUUGGCUAUCCCUCUCCACCUGACCUCAUGGAGACUGCAAGCUCGGCCUAAAGGCUUGGGACUAUUUUUUUGUAAGCUGCCCAUCCAUUGGACAAGUGUGGAACGACCUGGGGAGGUCAGCAGCAACAAAAGGGAGUGCCAGUCAGCUGACUUUGAUGACCAAAACAAACGUAGCUUCAGGUUUUGUGUGGUUAUCAAGAAAGAGAACUAUCCUGAGCAACAACCGGCUAAAAUGGUCCCUGGUAGUGCUAAGCAGAUUUACAGGCAACCAGGUCACACCAUCUACCUGUUACCCACCUUAGUGCUGACUAACUUGCUGCCCUGUGACCUCAACUACUACAUCAAAGGGACCUCAAUCAAGGGAACCAUGAAGCCAGGCAAAGAGUCGGUACUUCAUGCAGCAGACACCUCACAGAAUAUAGAGUUAGGUGUUCUUCUGGAGAACUUCCCAGUGUGUAAGGAGCUGUUGAUUCCUUCUGGCACUCAGAACUACGUGGUGCGCAUGCGUCUGUAUGACGCAAACAAGCGGCUGCUGUGUCUUACCAUCCGCAUUAUUCUCCGAGCAGAGGGGGCGCUCAAGAUCCUCAUCUCCGCUCCUUAUUGGCUCCUAAACAAGACAGGGCUGCCUCUGAUCUUCCGCCAGGACAACAGCAGAACGGAUGCUGCCGGGCAGUUUGAGGAGCAUGAGCUAGCCAGGAGUCUUAGUCCAUUACUUUUCUGCUACGCAGACAAAGAACAACCUCUCAUGUGCACUAUGCGUGUUGGUAAAGGGAUCCACCCAGAUGGUGUUCCUGGCUGGUGUCAGGGUUUCUCACUGGAUGGUGGAAGUGGAGUUCGAGCCGUUAAAGUCAUCCAAACCGGGAACAGACCGGGGCUCAUCUAUAAUAUAGGAAUUAACGUCAGGAAAGGGAAGGGACGCUACCAGAACACCCACAUUGUGACUUUUGCACCUCGCUAUCUGCUUGACAAUCAAUCUUCACACAAGCUGGCUUUCUCCCAGAGAGAGUUUGCUAAAGGAAAGGGCACAGCCAAUCCCGAGGGCUAUAUCUCCACUCUGUCAGGCUCUAGUGUGGUGUUCCACUGGCCCAGGAAUGACUACGAUCAACUCCUUUGUGUCCGACUCAUGGACAUACCAAACUGCACCUGGUCUGGAGGGUUUGAAAUCAGCAAACCCAAAUCAUUCCAUGUCAACAUGAGAGACACGUUGGGUAAUUGCUACUUUCUACUCGCUGAAAUCGCCCUGAAAGGAGCAACCUUUCAGAUUUCAUUUAGUGACACAGACCAGUUGCCUCCACCUUUCCGCAUAGACAACAUCUCCAAGGUGCCAAUCCAGUUCUGGCAGCAUGAAGUGCCAGAUAUCAGACUGCACACCGAAGUGAAAGCUGGAGCUGUACUGGACUAUGCUUGUGAUGAACCCAUUCUUCCUCCUUACAUUACACUGACUGUAAAAGGAGCUGGGUCCUCUGAGGUCACCGCUGACAUGAACUGCUUUAGAGAGUACAACAAGCUUUACUAUGAGAACUUCAUCUAUAUCGCUGCAACUUUCACAUUCUCUCAGGAUGCAAGUAAAAGGCCAGGAGCGAUGAAGCGUGAUGCCAGCUGUGCUGAACUAGUGCUUGAUGUUGAGACAAAGACACAGAGAGUCAUUCUAAAGAAAAAGGAACCAGGAAAGCGGUCUCAGCUGUGGAGAAUGAGCGGAAAAGGAAUGCUUUGUCAUGAGGGUUCCUCUCCUCCUCAGAGUAAACCUGCCCUACCCAGACCUCUUGAAUGCUCCAUGGUGCUGGACAUUGCUGGGCUUGCUGCAGUCACAAACAACAGCUACGAGCCAUUGAUGCUGAAGCGGCAAGACCCUCGCCGUAGUACUACCCAGACAUGGCACUUCUGCUCUGGCAUGCUUACCUGUGGUUUACCCCGACUAGUGGUGCAGGUGAAGGGAGGAAUCUCAGGUCUGUAUGAUGGUGCAGAGGUGGUGCUCGGGCCAGACUCAGGACUGCUUGAAAAACCCCCAGAACAGCAGUUUAUUAAUCAGAAGAUGAGGCCUGGUUCUGGGGUGUUGUCUGUGCAGGUUGUUCCUGAUGGACCCACUCGUGUACUGCAGAUCAGUGACCUCAAUCAGCGGCGAAAUAACAGAACAUCCCUCAGCACAGAGGAGAACCAAAACAAAGAGAACACACUAAAAAAGGAUCCUGAGGGAGAACUUGAGGUGUUGAUAAACUUGGAGGAAGGAGUAGGGCUGUCUCUGGUAAACAAGGUGCCUGAGGAACUGGUGUUUGCCACAUUGUCUGGCAUCAAUCUGCACUAUACACGCACUGCUGCCAGCCAAGUCCUAGAGCUCAGCGUGAAGAAAAUUCAGGUGGAUAACCAGCUGUUGGGCAACACACAGCCAGUGAUGAUGUUUGUAACUCCCAACAUCUGUGAGGGCAUUGUGAUGGAAUCAGGACCUGCUCUGCAAGUCAAUGCUGUCAAAGUGCCCAGCAGUCUCAUGCUUACAGAGCUGUUCAAGCAUCUUAUGGUCACUGCUGGACGCUUUACUGUCAUCAUAGAAGAGAAACUCUUCCUCAAGCUGCUGACUUUUUUUGGCUAUGGGAAAACAGAAGGAGAGGUUGAGAAGUUGGAUGAGAACCUGUACGAGAAGGCAAGUGAGGAAGCAGGACCUCGGAAACGGUACUACUUUGAGAACCUGAAGAUCAGUCUCCCUCAGGUUAAACUAAGUGUCUUCACUUCACACAAGCUGCCUCCAGACCUGAAGACUCUAAAGGGAACUCUGGGAAUCCCACUGAUCAAGUUCGAGGAUGCAAUAAUUGAUAUGUAUCCUUUCACUCGAGUCCACCCGUAUGAAACCCAGGAGAUUAUCAUCAAUGACAUAUUCAAACACUUCAGAGAGGAGCUGAUUAGUCAGGCUGCCCAGAUACUUGGCUCAGUGGACUUCUUGGGCAAUCCCAUGGGCCUGCUAAAUGAUGUCUCAGAGGGCAUGUCCGAGCUCAUCAAAUAUGGGAAUGUAGGAGGCCUGAUACGCAAUGUAACACAUGGGGUCUCCAACUCAGCAGCUAAGUUUGCUGGUACUCUGUCAGAUGGACUUGGUAAGACCAUGGACAACCGGCACCAAAGCGAACGAGAAUAUAUCCGUUACCAUGGUGCGACCAGUGGGGAGCAUUUAGUGGCAGGCAUUCAUGGACUUGCUCAUGGUAUUCUCGGCGGCUUGACCAGCGUGAUCACAUCCACGGUGGAAGGGGUGAAGACGGAAGGUGGCGUAAGCGGUUUUUUCUCAGGUCUAGGCAAAGGCCUUGUUGGGACGGUGACCAAGCCAGUGGCAGGGGCGCUGGAUUUUGCCUCAGAGACAGCACAGACUGUUCGAGACAUGGCCAGUCUGGACAACCACAGGCUGAGUGUGCAGCGUGUGAGGAAGCCCCGGUGCUGUAAAGGCCCUCAGGGUCUGCUGCCUCGCUUCUCCUCUACGCAAGCUGACGGACAGGAGCAACUCUUUCACCUGACCGAUAACAUCCACUCUGAAUACUUUAUUGCUGUGGAGCCCAUUGACAGCUACUGUGUGCUCAUCUCCUCUAAAGCUGUGUACUUCCUUAAGCCCGGGGAGUACGUGGAUCGGGAAUCCAUUUUUCUUGAGGUAAAAUAUGAUGAUCUUUACCACUGCCUGGUCUCCAAGGAUCAUGGGAAAGUGUAUGUUCAGCUCACCAAGAAAGCCAAAAGCACUAGUAGCGGGGUAGCCAUUCCGGGCCCGUCACAUCAGAAGCCGAUGGUUCACAUACGAAGUGAGAGCCUGGCAGUGAAGAUCUCGCAAGAAAUUAACUAUGCCAAGAGCCUUUACUAUGAGCAGCAGCUCAUGUUACCCCCCAGUGAGAAUGAGGACACUUUGCUAUUAGACUCCUGAUUAAACGAAUUUGCGUUCGGUCGAGGUCUGUUUAUCGUUCUUGCCCUUUUUUUGAGGCAUACGUGAAGACACGUUUUAUGAUGUAAACUAUGAGUCUACAAAGUCUACUGUAAUAUUCCCCAUCAAGCACAUUUAACUGGCAAAUAUGCAAGACUCUGUUAAACAUAGAAGAUUAUUUUGUUUUAAAGAUGUUUAUAUAGUUUGAGUGGUUACUGUCAUUAAAAUUAAAUUAAGUAAUUCAUUAAAACUAAAACCAAUCUUGUAUAUCUGUGUUUAUAGGGCAGUUAUAGCCAGUAUGACACUGUGGUCAUGCACAUAUUGUGGAGACGUUUGAGGGGAGAAUAUAAUAUAUACAAUGUACAAAACUGCCUUUAAUAUAGUUUUCUAUGUAAAUGAGAGAAUUGUUUGGUUGAAGAACUUGCACUGAUGUAGAUGUUUUGAAACUGCUGCUGCCCUCAUCGCUGUACAGUUAAAUAAAUAAAUAUAUAUAACACGCAAAAUUAACACAGGGAAGUGUAAAUAAUCAUCGUGCAAAAUAGCCCUGACAAAGAAAACCACUAAUAUUUUAUUUAUUUAUAUGUGUUUUCUUUCUAUGAGACAUUUUCCAUGAGUGGCAUUUGAAGAAAAGAAAAAAAGGAAUGAAAAUCAUGUAAAUCUUCAGUAAUAAUAUGUAAGACUGCUGUUCGAUGGACGAACAGUGCACCAAAAUCUCUAGCAUAGAAUAAUGUGAGACAUUUAAUCACUACAGUAAUCAUUAAUACUUGGACACUUGGCCUGGAUAUGAAGUGCGUAGGUAUUAUUAGUAGUGGUGUUUUUUUGUUUGGUUGUUUUUUUUUGUUGUUGUUGUUUUUUAUUGUUGUUUUUUUGGUUUUUUUUGCAAAUAAACGAUUGUUAUUCUGCAGAAAUUGCAAGUGCAGGACUGUGUGAGAUUUGGUGCCUUUUUUUUAAUUGUUACAAUCAUACCUUAUUUUUUGUCCCACAAGGUUUUUCCCACUGGUAGAUUCUGCUUUUCAUUCAUUCAUUCUUUGCCUCUAAACUGAUUUGUGUGGCAGUCUGGGAAAACCAUUCCAAAUGCAAAUGAAAUGUUUUUACAGAAUAAAAUUUUGCUUAUCUCCAAGAUUCAAUUCAUUUGCAUUUGAUUUGACGUGAAAUAAAUAAGCUGUUCCUAUUCUAUUCACAUAAAUUCAUUUAGCAUUUAUCUCUCUUUUCUUUUCACUAUUAUCACCUGAGGUAAACAUCCUGUAUUUUUGGCUUUGUUUUUGUUAAACACUUUCAAAUUAUUGUUCACUGUCAUCGAGCGUCUAACUGCUCUUUUCUCUUUUACAGUUAUUUUGACAGCUGCAACCUGUUUACAAAAUGAUUAAAUCAUACUUGUUUACGCACUGUUGUGGCAUCUGAACAAAGCAUGACCUUCACUGUGUGAGGAACUCGGUCUGCUAGCAAGGUUUUAGACGUCUUUAGACAAACUGACUGAAUUUUCUUCUGUUUGAUAAACUUGCCUAACAUGCUAGUUGUAGAAAUGCUAGACAGAAAAUGUGAAUAAAUAACAAUAUUUCCGUCAUCUGUUGGUUACAUAUAUUUCUUUGCUUACGUAGUAGAUACGUCAAUGUAUUAUUGGCCGCUUUACAGAAGUCAGCCACAAUGAAAACUGGCAGGUUUUCCCAGACCAUCACACACAGGUUAAAUUUACAGAAAUCUGAAUAUUCAGCCCUUUUGUUCCUUUCUAACUGUAUCAUACCACUGCCAUCUACACUAAUCUAUGCAUAUAUGUACAUCAAGUCUAUUAGUAACUGUAUGUUAAUCGGGUUCACAAAAGACCAAAGACAAAACUGAAGUAAUGACUUCAUCCUUCGUUCUCUUACUCAGCUCUGUGUAAUUGAGGUCACGGUAGCCUAGCCAUCUACCAACCACUCCAAAUGUAGAAGAAUGUCAGUUUUGCGUUUUAUUAAGCUAGCGGGACUUUUCUUUGCAUUAUUAGUUUCCUGCAUCGAUGUGACGAAUCGGUUGAGUUUGAAAUGCUAGUAGAGAAAGAUAACUGCCCAGAGAUUUCAGGUGACUCACACAUUAUAGUAAUCUCAUUGUGUAUAUAUUGUAAAGCCUAAUAAAACUUGUGGUUUUUCAAUUCAAA